AUGUCCACGCAAAAACAGCAACAGCAACAGCAGCAGCAGCAGCAGUCAGACCUCCCCGGCCUCGCCGCCCGCCUGAAGUCGCUGCACCAGCGCGGCACGCCCCUGCUGCUCACGAACGUGCACGACGCGGGCACGGCGCAGCUGAUCGCGCGCAACCCGCGCACGACGGCCCUCGCGACCGCCAGCUGGGCCAUGGCGGCGACGCAGGGUGUCGGGGACAACGACCUCACGCUCGCGGGCAACCUGGCGGGCAUCGCCAACGUGGCCGCGGGCCUGCGCAACAGCGGGCGCGCGGCCGAGGUGCCGCUGUCGGCGGACCUGCAGGAUGGGUAUGCUGACCCGGCGGAGACGGUGAGGGCGGCGGUGAAGUUGGGGGUGGUGGGGGCGAAUAUUGAGGAUGUGGAUAACAGUGUGUCGCCGCCGAGGUUGCGGGGCGUGGAGGAGCAGGUGGCGAGGCUGAGGGAGGUGAUGCGCGGGGCGAGGGAGGCUGGUGUGGACGGGUUUGUGCUUAAUGCGAGGACGGACGUGUUUGGGUAUGGUGGGACGGUCGAGGAUGUGAUUGAGAGGGGGAAGAAGUGGUUGGAGGCCGGGGCGACGAGUGUUUUUGUGUGGGGAGUGGGGAAGAAGUCCAUCACCAAGGAGGAGGUCGAGUUGAUGGUCAAGGAGCUGGGCAUGGUGAGUGUGCAGCCAGGGGACAUUGGCGUGAAGGGGGCCAGAGAGGCCGGCGCGUGUCGUAUCAGUGUUGGGCCUAUGCUCUACCGAAAGAGUCUGGAGCACGUCGAACAGGAGACGCUGAAGUUGAUGGACGCAUAG